CAGAGAGAUGUUAAACUGAGACGUCCCGGCAGUGGUCCGCGUUUCCUUCCGCCUUCCGUCUAUUUCUUUACCGCCAUAGUAACGUCGAUAAAGGAACGAAGAGCCGAUGGCUUCCCAUUUGCUGCUGCUUCUUCUUGUGCAGGGCAAUGGCGGAUCUCCAGAGAAAUUUCCCCGAGUUGAGUGAGGAAAUGAUUGCAUUCGGUACCUGCCGCGGUGGGCGAGCGCUUCGGACGCCCUUCGUUUAAGCAAAAUCCAGGCAGACGCACUUGGCACCUUCCGUCUCCGCCACGCCUUCUCCUCUCCUCUCGUCUCUUCCCUGUUUGUUAACGGUCGUCGCGUCCUCUCCUUUCCCUUCCCUGCCUUAUUCUCAGAUCUUCCACUCCGAUUGAAGUUCUUCGAGUCAAACACUGUGUCGAACAGUUAAAGCUUGCUUCUUUUGUAUGUUGUGCGCUUCUUUAGUGGCAAAGUUGGGUUCUUGAAGAGGAAAAUGCCAAAGUUUUGAGAUUCUUGUCGUGCUGUCGAGUGGAUUUCUGAAUCUACGGCAAGAAAUGAGUCUGAAUCGAGUGUUGUUGGCGAUUUCUGCCCUCUGGUUGGCGAUUUCUUCCGCGGGAGUCGGCGCCGGCAGCCUGGCGAAGGACAAGCAAGCGUUGCUCGACUUCCUGGCCGCCGCCCCCCACGGACGCGGCCUCAAUUGGAGCCGAGCCACCACCGUCUGCGGCCUCUGGACCGGCAUCACCUGCAGCGCCGACGGCUCUCGCGUCGUCGCUGUUCGCCUCCCGGGUAUCGGGUUCAGGGGCCCUGUCCCGCCCAACACCCUCAGCCGCCUCUCCGCUCUUCGGAUCCUGAGCCUCCGGGCCAACAUCCUCUCUGGCCCCUUCCCGGCUGACUUCGCCAACCUCACCGCUCUCACCGGCCUCCACCUGCAGCUCAACAGAUUCUCCGGUCCCCUGCCGUCGGAUUUCUCGAGGUGGAAGAACCUCACCGUCCUCGACCUCUCCUUCAAUGACUUUAACGGGAGCAUCCCGGCUUCCAUCUCCAAUCUAACUCAUCUCACUGCUCUGAACCUCUCUAACAACUCCUUCUCUGGCCAAAUUCCAGAUCUUGAUCUCCCAAACCUUCUAUUUCUUAACCUCUCCGGUAACCACCUGAACGGCACAAUUCCCAAAUCCAUCCAAGGAUUUCCAAAUUCGUCAUUUUCGGGCAAUGAUUUGUCGCCAGUAUACCCUCUGACUCCAGCAUCACUGCCGGCACCGACGCCACUGCCUGCUCCUUCUCCUUCACCGGUUUCGAGCUCGAUAACCAUGAGGAAGUUGAGUGAAUCAGGAAUCCUCGGAAUUAUAGUUGGCGGAUGUGCUCUGCUGUUUGUGAUGCUUGCGUUAUUUCUCUAUCUUUGCUGCUCAAGGGGGAAAGAAGAGAAUUUUGUCUCAGGAAAAGCAUCAAAGGGGGACCUGUCGCCGGAGAAGUCUGUCAGUAGAAACCAGGGCAUGAACAACCGGCUUGUGUUCUUCGAGGGCUGUACCUUUGAUUUCGACUUGGAGGAUUUGCUGAGGGCGUCUGCUGAGGUCUUGGGGAAGGGAACAUUUGGGACUGCAUACAAAGCCGUGUUGGAGGAUGCUACCACGGUGGUGGUGAAGCGGCUGAAGGAGGCCGGUGUCGGGAAAAAAGAGUUUGAGCAGCAGAUGGAGGUGGUAGGGAGGAUCAAGCACGAGAAUGUGGCGGAGCUGAGGGCGUAUUACUACUCCAAGGAUGAGAAGCUGAUGGUGUAUGACUAUUACACCCAGGGGAGUCUCUCUUCCCUGUUACAUGGGAAAAGAGGGCAGGACAGGACACCUCUAGACUGGGAAACUAGGCUUAAGAUAGCGCUUGGAGCUGCAAGAGGAAUUGCACGCAUUCACAUCGAGAACAAUGGGAAGCUUGUCCAUGGGAACAUCAAAUCAUCCAAUGUUUUUCUCAACAACCAGCAAUAUGGUUGUGUCUCUGACCUGGGUUUACCAUCCAUCAUCAACCCAAUGGUUCCACCGGUGUCUCGCUCAGCAGGUUACCGUGCACCCGAGGUGGUCGAUACAAGGAAAGCAUCACAAGCUUCUGAUGCCUACAGUUUUGGUGUUCUACUGCUCGAGCUGCUCACAGGGAAAUCCCCCAUUCAGAUAGUGGGAGGUGGUGAUGAGGUCAUCCACCUAGUCCGCUGGGUUCAUUCUGUUGUCCGCGAAGAGUGGACUGCGGAGGUGUUUGACGUGGAGCUGAUGAGAUAUCCUAAUAUCGAAGAGGAGAUGGUGGAGAUGCUUCAAAUUGCAAUGAGCUGUGUAGUGAGAAUGCCAGACCGGAGGCCUAAGAUGCCAGAGGUGGUGAGAAUGAUUGAAGGAAUGAGGAGGUUUGAUAGCGGGAACCUGCCUUCAACAGAAGGCAGAUCAGAGGGAUCAACAUCGACACCAGUACAGGAUACACAAGCCAUGUCAACUCCCCAGUGAAGCUUAGUUUCUUUACGCUACCCCCGUCGUGUACUUUUUAGCUUCCCGCACGAUGCUUCUUGUUAGUGUGGUUCAUUGUUGUAGCAUUAUCCUGUUCAGAUUCUUUGGGCUUGUCCACCAUGUUUCACCUGUUUUAGGAUAAAAUCACCGCAGAUGUUGUAGGUCAGAAUACUGUGUGACCUGAAUGAGUCAAAUUAGUAGUUUGGCAUGGGUGUUUGUUUCCUUAGCUAUUUGGUUGCAGGAAGUACAAACACUGUAUUGGUUGCUGGA